AUGGCCGAGGGCGGCGCGGGCGCGCGGAGGAGGGCGCCGGCGCUGCUCGAGGCGGCCCGCGCGCGCUACGAGAGCCUGCACAUCUCGGACGACGUGUUCGGCGAGUCGGGCCCGGACAGCGGCGGGAACCCCUUCUACAGCACCUCGGCCGCCUCGCGCUCCUCCUCGGCCGCCUCCUCGGACGACGAGCGCGAGCGCCCCGGACCCCUGGGGGCCCUCGCCGCGCAGCCGCCGCGCUCCGCGGACGCGCAGGGCCCGGAGGACGACGAGGCCGGCGCGGGCUGGAGCCACGCGCUGCGGGACCGCCCGCCCCCGCGCUUCGAGGACACCGGCGGUCCGACCCGAAAGAUGCCCCCCAGCGCCAGCGCCGUGGACUUCUUCCAGCUCUUUGUCCCCGACAACGUCCUCAAGAACAUGGUGGUGCAGACAAACAUGUACGCCAAGAAGUUCCAGGAGCGGUUUGGGAGCGACGGGGCCUGGGCGGAGGUGACGCUGGCAGAGAUGAAGGCCUUCCUGGGCUACAUGAUCUCCACCAGCAUCUCCCACUGCGAGUCCGUGCUCAGCAUCUGGAGCAGCGGCUUCUACAGCAACCAGAGCCUGGCGCUCGUCAUGAGCCAGGCCCGCUUCGAGAAGAUCCUCAAGUACUUCCACGUCGUGGCCUUCCGCUCCAGCCAGUCCACGCACGGGCUCUACAAGGUCCAGCCCUUCCUCGACGCCCUGCAGCACAGCUUCGACUCCUCCUUCAGGCCUUCGCAAACCCAGGUGCUACAUGAACCCCUGAUCGACGAGGACCCCGUGUUCAUUGCCACGUGCACGGAGCGGGAGCUGCGGAAGAGGAAAAAGCGGAAAUUCAGCCUCUGGGUCAGACAAUGCUCUUCCACUGGCUUCAUCAUCCAGAUUUAUGUCCACCUGAAGGAAGGCGGGGGCCCGGACGGCCUGGAUGCGCUGAAGAAUAAGCCGCAGCUGCACAGCAUGGUGGCCCGGAGCUUGUGCCGGAACGCGGCGGGCAAGAACUACAUCAUCUUCACGGGGCCCAGCAUCACCAGCCUGACCCUGUUUGAAGAGUUUGAGAAGCAAGAGAUUUACUGCUGUGGCCUGCUCAGCCCCCGGAAGAGCGACUGCACCGGGCUCCCGCUGUCCAUGCUGACCAACCCGGCCACCCCACCGGCCCGGGGCCAGUACCACAUCAAGACGAAGGGGAACAUGUCCCUGAUCUGCUGGUACAACAAAGGACACUUCCGUUUCCUGACCAACGCCUACUCCCCGGUGCAGCAAGGAGUCAUCAUCAAGAGGAAGAGUGGGGAGAUCCCCUGCCCGCUGGCCGUGGAGGCGUUUGCCGCUCACCUGAGCUACAUCUGCAGAUACGAUGACAAGUACAGCAAGUAUUUCAUCUCCCACAAACCAAGCAAGACCUGGCAGCAGGUCUUCUGGUUCGCCGUCAGCAUCGCCGUCAACAACGCCUACAUCCUGUACAAGAUGUCGGACGCCUACCACGUGACCAGGUACAGCCGGGCGCAGUUCGGAGAGAGACUCGUCAGGGAGCUGCUGGGCCUGGAGGACGCCUCGCCCACCCACUGAUGCCGGGGGCGCCGGCCCAGGCCGAGGCAGGGCAGGAGGAGGAGGAGGGCCGGCGAGCCGACCUGCCCCGUUAGAGACGCGGAGACACCUGGUGUGUGGGCCGCACCCAGGUCCCCAGCACAGGGUCUCUGUGACGCCGUGAGGCCUGCAGGGCAGCCUCAGCUCCUAGCACAGGUGACGAUGGCGGAGGUACCGCAGCAGGGUGAGCUGCAGCAUCCAGAGAGAAACGCCUGCUUCCUGAGGAUCUACGGGGACUGCACAUGUUCAAGUUCAAGGUGGAAGAAGCCAGCGGGGGUUGGCUCUGCUCGGUCAAGGUUGUUCUGGUGUGGGGGGAGGCCACAGGGGCUUCCGGCAGCUUCUGGCAGGUCUCUCAGAGGAAACAGCCCGGGGGCACAGUGCCGAUGCGGAACUGAGUGAGGCCUUCCUGCUCCUCUUUCUGUGUGGCUGGUGGGUGGGGGGAAGGGAAACGCCAAAAGAAUUACAGUGAAGGGUGAUGCUAUUUUUUAUUUUUAAAUAUAUCUUCAGGUUAUUUUCUUACUGUUGCUUCAGAUCUAAUGUAAGAGGCAGAUGUCCCCCCCUCCCACCUUCCCAGCUCUGUCACGGCUCCUUGCAUGAUCACACCUGUGCAGCAGGCCGGGGAGGGCGGCUCGCCUCCAGAACAGACGUGGCUGCGCUCCGUGGACAUUUGUCACAGGCUCUGUCAUCCCUGGCAGAACUACUUGUCUUGAAAACUAUGUAGCGUUGCUAAAUAGGCAGACUCUGCGGGGACCGUGUGCACCGGCUCUGGUGGCAUUUGCUGUCCGAGUGUCCCCCGGGAUGGUGCAGCCGGUCUGGCGAUGGGAUCGUGGUAAGAACCUGCAGGGGAUUGAAAUUGGGGCCGGGGCUUGCUCACCGCGCAACCAGCAGCUGGAAGCCAGGGCUCUGUCAUCUGGCAACAUCUGCGGCUCUUUGCCAACCAAGGUUCACGAGUCUCGGAGGGAAACCUCAGCACCAGCGUGGCCGACUGGUCUGGCUGUCCCCACAGGCAAGAAACAAGUGGUUCUGGAAUUACCUGUUCUGCUUCCAACCCACUUUGUGUAACCACCUUGUUUUUACAAAUGCACAUCUACUCUACUCAGGCUUUGGGACUGUCCCCGUCCACGCUGGUUGCUGAAGUGUCGCUGUCCGCAUGCUCCCAGCCCGCUGUUCCGUCCUCCAGCUCACGGCCCGCCCCGCGCCCUGGGGUUCCAUUUCCGUGCCACGACUGUAGGCCAAAUUUUGGAAAAGGUGUUUCCAGACACCUUUGCUAUGCUCUUUAAGGUUGGAUUGAAAGCACUUUUACCACAUGGAGAAAUAUAUUUUUAAUUUGUGAUGCUUUUCUACAAGGUUCACUAUUUCUGAGUUUAAUGUGUUUCCAACAACUUUAGGGAGGCUCUAAUGAAAGCCGAUGAAUUUUUCUUUUCUGUCCAAACAAGUAAAAUAAAAAUCUAUUUAG